AUGCAUUUGGGCUCCUUCUCCAGCGUGCGUAUAUUGGAUAUUCUCAAUAGGAUGGGCAGCUCAGACGAGAAGGUGGUUGCUGUGAUCAUGGUGGGUGGGCCCACAAAAGGUACUAGAUUUCGGCCACUGUCACUGAAUAUUCCAAAGCCGCUUUUCCCUUUAGCUGGACAGCCAAUGGUUCAUCAUCCAAUUUCUGCUUGUAAAAGGAUUCCUAACCUCGGGCAGAUUUUUCUCAUUGGUUUCUAUGAGGAACGUGAAUUUGCAUUGUAUGUAUCCUCAAUCUCCAAUGAGCUUAAGGUCCCCGUUAGAUAUUUGAGGGAAGACAAGCCGCAUGGUUCAGCUGGUGGACUUUAUAACUUCAGAGAUCUGAUCAUGGAAGACAGUCCGUCGCACAUUUUCUUGUUGAAUUGUGAUGUUUGCUGCAGUUUUCCACUUCCAGAAAUGCUUGAGGCUCACAGAAAAUAUGGUGGUAUGGGAACGCUCCUUGUGAUCAAGGUUUCUGCUGAAUCAGCCAAUCAGUUUGGGGAACUGGUAGCUGAUCCAGUCACCAAUGAACUGUUGCAUUACACUGAGAAGCCUGAGACUUUUGUCAGUGACCGGAUAAAUUGUGGUGUGUACAUAUUUACACCAGACAUUUUUAAUGCCAUCGAGGGUGUUUCCACUCAGUGGAAGGACAGAGCUGAUUUAAGACGUCUAUCCAGCUUUGAAUCCCUUCAUUCAGCAACAAGGAAUGCUCCCACACAUUUUGUAAGGUUGGAUCAAGACAUCCUGUCACCUCUUGCGGGGAAGAAGCAGUUAUACACAUAUGAAACCUUGGACUUCUGGGAACAGAUCAAAACUCCUGGAAUGUCCUUGAAAUGUUCUGGGUUAUAUCUUUCACAAUUUCGAUUCACCACCCCCCAUAUCUUAGUGAGUGGGGAUGGUACAAAGAGUGCCAGUAUUAUUGGUGAUGUUUAUGUUCAUCCAUCAGCAAAAAUACAUCCAAGUGCAAAGAUUGGUCCCAAUGUCUCAAUAUCUGCAAAUGCUCGUAUAGGAGCUGGGGUGAGGCUCAUAAGCUGUAUCAUCCUCGACAAUGUCGAAAUUAAGGACAACGCAGUCGUUAUUCAUGCAAUUGUUGGAUGGAAAUCGUCUAUUGGGAGAUGGUCUCGUGUCCAGGCUAGUGGGAAUUACAAUUCAAAGCUGGGGAUCACGAUCCUUGGUGAAGCAGUGACAGUUGAAGAUGAAGUGGUGGUUAUUAACAGCGUUGUCCUCCCUCACAAGACUCUCAAUGUCAGUGUUCAAGAAGAAAUAAUUCUUUGA